CAACAUUCGAUCGGUUGGCAGAUAGGCAGCGGCUCAGAUACACUCGACCUAUUUCCGACCCUCAUUCUCUCAUAUCUCAACAACAUAAAACCAUCUAUGUCAGGAUAAAGGCGUCGUACAUUCAGCUCUCGGCUAUCCUUUGCAUGUCCCCUAGCCCUAGUCACACAUUGCGCCAUGGCUUCCAGACGAACGACCAACCCCGCCGCUGAACGGGCAGCAAAGAACCAACUAGUUAUCAAGAAUUUGCUGAAAUUGGAAUGCAAUAAGAUUUGUGCGGAUUGUAAGCGGAAUAAACAUCCUAGAUGGGCCAGCUGGAAUAUCGGCAUCUUUGUUUGCAUUCGUUGUUCGGGCAUCCACAGGGGUAUGGGCACACAUAUCAGCCGAGUAAAAUCAGUUGAUCUUGAUACCUGGACGGAUGAACAACUACAGAGUGUGCUUAAAUGGGGAAACGCUAGAGCUAAUAAGUACUGGGAAGCAAAACUUGCUCCUGGGCAUAUCCCCUCAGAAGCGAAAAUGGAGAAUUUCAUUAGAACUAAGUAUGAAUCAAAACGGUGGGUAAUGGACGGACCAAUGCCUGACCCAUCAACCUUGGAUGUCGAUGAAGGUGAUGAUAAUAUGCCACUGGCCAUCGUCCAGGAGAAAGCCAAGCUUGAACGAUCGGCGUCCCAUCGCGCUGCAUCAACAGUGAGCCAGCCUACGCCGCGUCGACCAGGACAGUCAGUCAAUCUUUUCGAUGACGAUUCUCCGGCACCCCCCGAGAGGCCUAAUACCACAGAUUUACCGGGUAUCCGCCCCCCAACGAACCACACGAGACCCUUUGCAGCUCCAGCUCCUAAACCAAACAAACCCGCCGAUUCAUUACUUGGACUGGAUUUCUUUGGCUCUGCCCAGCCAGCGGCAAACCGCUCAUCCAGCACUCCGUCAUCCAAUAUAGGCUCCACUGGCCCUUCAAGGCCGGACCUUAAACAAUCUAUUCUAUCUUUAUAUGCCUCAGUGCCCAAGCCGCAAGCCCCGCCCCAGCACGAACGCAAUACCUCAUUCGGAUCAUUUUCCCCUCAACCGCAGCAGCUAGCUCAAUCACAGUCAGAUGCAUUUGGUGGCCUUGCCAAUGCUUUUAGUGGUUUGAGCUUUCCUUCCACCACACCCGCUUCUCCUCCGCCUCAAGAACAAGAUGCGUUCUCGAACCUCGGCUCGUCUAGUGCUCCCAAAUCCCCGCCCACCGCACCAAACAUUUCUUCCCCGCCAUUGAGUGGUGGUGGGUUUUUUGAUUCUGGCCCAAAACCACAGAGAUCGAAUAAUCCGUCUAUCUCUUCUGGACGGGAUUUCAAUCCGGUUGGGGCCACAAUGGGAUCAACGAAGGCGACAGCAGCUCCUCCCGCGACUUCAACUAGUUCCUUUGACUUGUUUUCCUCCAUGUCGAUCACUACUCCCGCGUCUCCUCCCGCAGGUCCACCAAAAACAGAGAAUUCAAAUUCUAUCUUCAACCUCUCGGCACCCGAAAGACAGUCCGCGCCUGUAUCCCCACCAACCACCACUGCAAACGUCAGUAGCAUGCUCUCAAGCAGCGCAAUAGACCCGUGGGGCGGGAAUGCUUGGAAUACGACGGAAGCUACUUCCCCAACUAACAAACAAACCAUUUCAUCGAUGAUGAAAGUCCCGGAUAAAAUCACUGCCAGCGACAUUGGCUCUGGAUGGGGAUCACAAUCACCCACUUCUACGACUAAAUCAGCGCCGACUGUUGCCGUUGAUGAAGAUUUUGGUGGAUGGACAAGCGCUCCUCCGCCAAUUCCGAACAGCAAUGCCACAUCGAAGCCAAGGCCGGCCGGAGGUUUUUCAGGAAGCGAUGAUUUGUUUUCUAAUGUUUGGGAGUGAAGAAAUACUUUAUCAUUUUGUGCUUUCUUGUCUUUUUCUUGCGAGCCUAUGCUGUUUUUAGACAUCUAUUUACCACGUAUGCAAUCGAUUCAUUGGUAAAUGUUUGGGGUUGAGCAUGUGUUGAUUUUAGCACUUAUGGUAACUGUCUGCACCCCAGAUUCCUUCCCCUUGGCCAUCUCCGUUUUCAUAGUUAGCUGGCAUGUUUUUCGUGCACCGGUCGUUUAUCUCAUUCAUACACAGCGGCUCAUCCCUGAUGAUCAAGGGGCAUGAUGUGUCAUGUAGAGGAAAAUGCAUAAACUGAAACGAAAAGAAUAGUUCAAAAAUAAUUACAUGUUCGAAGUAGCAGCUAGUAAUCAAAUCUCACCAUGCAACAGAAUGAGUGCUCGCUAACUCGUAAAGCGAAUGUCUAUGGGAGGUAUGUGUGUGAGCCAACAUAUCCGUUAGGAGAGGAAGACAAAAGGAUAUAGAUAUGACGGAAAGU